GAAGCACGUCACUUCCUGUUUCUUUAGGGGAACGUGGCUUUCCCCGCAGCGCCCUUCCCUCCAUCUGCGUGUCUGCCGCGGCGGCCGGAGCUGGAGACGGAGCCCGAGCGCAGCCUCGCGAUGGACUCGGCCGCCAGCGAGCCACACAACGGCAGCACGGAGACCCCUAGCCCGGCCAACGGCACGGCGCGACCGCCGUCCACGCCCGAGGGCAUAGCGCUGGCCUACGGCAGCCUCCUGCUCAUGGCGCUGCUGCCCAUCUUCUUCGGCGCCCUGCGCUCGGUGCGCUGCGCCCGCGGCAAGAAUUCCUCGGAGAUGCCUGAAACCAUCACCAGCCGGGAUGCCGCCCGCUUCCCCAUCAUCGCCAGCUGCACACUCUUGGGGCUAUACCUCUUUUUCAAAAUAUUCUCCCAGGAAUACAUCAACCUCUUGCUGUCCAUGUAUUUCUUCGUGCUGGGAAUCCUGGCCCUGUCCCACACCAUCAGCCCCCUCAUGAAUAAGUUUUUUCCAGCCAGCUUCCCAAACCGACAGUAUCAGCUGCUCUUCACUCAGGGCUCUGGGGAAAACAAGGAAGAUAUUGUCAACUAUGAGUUUGACACUAAGGACCUGAUAUGCCUGGGCCUAAGCAGCAUUGUUGGUGUGUGGUAUCUGCUGAGGAAGCACUGGAUUGCCAACAACCUGUUUGGCCUGGCCUUCUCCCUCAAUGGAGUGGAGCUCCUGCACCUGAACAACGUCAGCACUGGCUGCAUCCUGCUGGGUGGACUCUUCAUCUACGAUGUCUUCUGGGUAAGUCAAGCGGGAAUUCCAGAGAUGUCCAUCUCUAGCCUCCCAGCCCCUCUUUCUUACUCCCUAAUCUCUGGCCCAAUGGUGUUUCCCCAGGAUCUGCUGGAGAAGGGCCUGGAGGCAGACAACUUCGCCAUGCUAGGACUCGGAGAUAUUGUCAUUCCAGGGAUCUUCAUUGCCUUGCUGCUGCGUUUUGAUAUCAGCUUGAAGAAGAACACUCACACCUACUUCUACACCAGCUUCGCUGCCUACAUCUUUGGCCUGGGCCUUACCAUCUCCAUUAUGCAUAUCUUCAAGCAUGCCCAGCCUGCCCUCCUGUACCUGGUCCCUGCCUGCAUCGGCUUUCCCAUCCUGGUGGCGCUGGCCAAGGGAGAAGUGACCGAGAUGUUCAGCUACGAGUCCUCGGCGGAAAUCCUGCCUCAUACCCCGAGGCUCACCCACUUCCCCACAGUCUCGGGCUCCCCUGCCAGCCUGGCCAACUCCAUGCAGCAGAAGCUAGCUGGCCAUCGUCGCCGGCGCCCACAGAAUCACAGCACCAUUUAUGAGGAGUCAAACCCUAAGGAUCCAGCAGCUGUGACAGAAUCCAAAGAGGGAACGGAGGCGUCAGCGUCAAAGAAGCUGGAGAAGAAGGAGAAAUGAAGCGGCUGGUGACUGACCCUCUGAGGGCCAGACCAGACAGGUCGGGGACAGAUUGACAAGUGACUUGGGCAAAGGACAUCCUCAGGAGGUGAAGGCAGCUCCAGGACGGGUGGGCAACAGAAUCCCUCCAGCCCAGCCCCAUCCCAUGGCCUGCUUCCCUUUCCCAUGUGUGUGUGUGCGUGUGUGCGUGUGCGUGUGUGUCCUUCCUCUGCUUCUCCCCACCCUGCAGGCAAAGGAAGCCCCCAGCAACCUCCCUCCCCAGGAGCCAAGUCGGAACUGGGUGUGAUUUUUAGAUUUUUGUAUUGUGAACUGUCUUUGCCUCACAUUAAAAACUCAUCCCAUGGC